CCCGGAAGUAGACGCGUCGCAGUGAGCCCACGUGUGUUCCUGCAGCAGCAUGUCAGGUUGAGGUCUGUGUGGAGCAGAGAGCAGCAGAUGUCUGUAGAGAUGGUGGAGCUCUCCGUUACUGUACCGGAGCCGGUCCGACCGGCCGGAACCGGGAUCCUACAACAGAACCGAGUCUUCUUAGACUUCUUCUGGGACCUGGCCAAACCAGACCAGGAGGUCCGGCUGAAGGCGGUCACAGACCUGAUCCAGUACCUGAAGACCAACAACAAGGCUGAUGAGUUGGAGUACUCCUUUAAGAGGCUGGUGGACGGACUGGCUCACACCAGAGAGGCUGCUAGACCUGGAUUCAGUCUGGCUCUGGGACAGGUCUUGAGUGCGUUUGAAGACGUCUCUCUGCAGAGCGUUCUCGACAGAAUCAAAGAAAAACACAAUCUGCAGACGGUGAAAAAGAAACUUAUCAGACAUGCUGCGUUUGGAAACUUGUUCGGCGUCCUCGCCGUUCAUCAGUCCGGCCGCAUCUCUAAAGAGCCUCAGGUGGUGUUGGGAUGUGUGCAGCUCCUGCAGAGUCUCAGUCCGCACAGACAACACCUGAAGGACCUGCCCACUAAGACCAUGACAGACAUCCUCAAUGAGAUCCCAGAGGAGGUGUUUGAGGAGGUCCUGCUGAGCGCCCUGCAGACUGACCUGGCGUCAGCCUUCAACACUCCGGAGCAGCUGCAGCUGCUGCUGGUCGCGCUGCAGCGCUUCCCACAAACACUCAAACCCAAGAAACUGAAGAAGCUGCUCGGCUCCUCGACCAUCAUCAACGCCGACAACAUCCCCAAGUUGACGGAGGUGAUGAAGAUGGCGGCCCGCUCGGUGAAGAAGGAGUGCGUCCUCCCGCCAGUGGUCCCGGACCUCCUGAAGCUCUCUCUGAAGGAAGACAGCUUCCAGCUCUUCUGGAACAACGCCAUCAUCAACGGCAUGUUGAAGGAGCAGCCGGGGCCAGCUCACUACCUGAGCUUCCGUCUGCUGGGCAGCGCCCUGCCUCUUCUGUCUGCAGCCCAGCUGAAGGAGGUUUUGUCUGGAGAGGUGAUGACGCAGUACGGCGAGCACGUGGUGUCCGCUCAGAAACCGGACCGCUUCAAGCUGGCCCCGGAGAUGGACGUCUACGUGUCGGACUUCCUGGAGGGCUGUCAGGACGCCGACAGACAGCUGGCGGUGAUGGUGGGCUUCUCCUCGCUGAGCAACCAGGGCUACCCCGUGGUGCCGUCGGUGUGGCGGGUGGUGCAGCACCUGCAGCCCGCGGCUCUGCAGCGCUACGUCGACUGGCUGAAGAACAUGUUCCUGCAGCCGCAGCUGGACAAACUGCUGGACUUCAGCACCCGCAAGCAGAAGGACAAGAAGGAGGGGAAGGAACAGAAGGAGAACGCCGUGUCCCGCCUGAGGAAGUGGAUUAUUUCCCGUCUCUGCUCGAUCAUCGACAACCAGCAGGUGAAGAAGCAGGAGGAUCUCAUCAUGGAUGUGGCCAGGUUUGUCUUCUUCCACUCGUUCUUCACCAUCAAGAAGGCCUCGCAAGACGUCCCAGAGACAACGGGGAAGCUGUCCGUCCCUCUGGACGAUAAAACCAGAGCAGUGCUCGUCAAUUCAUUCUUUGGACUCCUCCUGUCCAUGCACCACCUGCCGCUGUCCGAAGACCCAGCCGAAGGCGCGGCCGUCAACCCAAAGCGAGCGCUGGGCGUCACGGCCGACGGCACCUUGUGGAUCUACCACCUGGUCCAGUACGCCAAGACGCUGCUCACCCAGCCGAAAGUAGUCCAGAGUGUCCAGCCCUUCAGCCCCGAGCAGACACAAGCCUGGGGCAGCAUGUUGGAGUCGGUGGAAACCCUGAAGAAGAAAGCAAAGAAAGGCCCGACUGCAGAGAGCGCCGCGUUCCAGCAGCUCUUCCUGUUGGUCGGCAUGCACCUCUUCAAGGCCCCUGAAGAGCUGCUGGUCAUCAUGAAGGACCUGCAGAGCUGCGUGGACAAAGCUCAGGAGAAGAAGGCCAAGAAGAAGACGAAGAAGAAGAAACAAGGUGAGGAAGAGGAGGAGCCCGAGUGGGUGGAGGUGAUGGUGGACAUCUUGCUGUCGCUGCUGUCUCAGCCGAGCCGACACAUCAGACAGGUCUGCAAAACGGUCUUCACCUCCAUCUGCCCUCACGUCACCGCAGCCGCCCUCACCGCCAUCUUAGACGUCCUGGACCCAGAGAAGGAUGACGAGGAGGACGGUGCUGUGGUCGUCACUGACGACAACAAAACCAAGAAGAAUGAUGAAGAUGAUGAGGAAGACGAUGUGGAGAUGGAGGAUGACAAGUCUGACGGAUCAGAUGAUGAGGAUGAAGAUGAUGAAGCAAUGGAAGACGAAGAUGACGAGGACGAGGAAGAGGACGAGGAAGAGGAGGUGGUGGGAGAUGUGGACCAAAGUUUCCGUCUGGAGCUGAUGAAGGUCCUGCAGCAGCAGAAUGCUCUGGCCACAGAGGAAGACGGCAGCAGUGAUGAAGACCUGGACGAUGACGCCAUGAUGGAGCUGGAUAAGGGCCUGGCGGCGCUGUUCUCGGAGCAGAAGAAGAAGAGCCAGGCCAAGAAGGACGAGAAGACAAAAAUCCAGAAAGAGAAGUCGCUGGUCCGAGACUUUAAGAUCAAGGUGUUGGACCUGGUCGAGGUGUUCGUGGCCCGGCAGGCCGGCAGUCCUCUGGUUCUGGGUUUGGUGGAGCCUCUGCUCACCAUCAUCGACAGAGGAAUGAGCGGCGACAGCGACCAGCAGGAGCAGGACUUCCUCCGCCGAGCUGCAGAUAUCUUCAGGAACCAGCUGUGCAGGUCGAAGGUUUACUGCAGGACCGUCGGCGACCGACAGGGGGAGCUCCACGACCUGCUGGACAAACUCAUGACUAAGAGCCAGAAACUGUCCGAGUCCUCCGUCUGCCUCUACUACUUCAGUGCAUCUCUGUACGUGGUCAAAGUGCUGCGAGGAGCUCCUCCUCCUCCUCCUGCUGAUGCUGAGGCCAAAAAGGGGGAGCAGACCGCCACCGCCGCCGCCGACGGAGCUGCAGCACACGAUUUGAGGUUCACGGGCAACUUGGAUGUGGAUCGGGUGUCGGGCAUCUUCAGAGACGCCCUGAGCUCCUUCAUGGGCCGGCGGAAGAGCCCUCUGACCGCCCAGAUGUUCACCGACUUGUUCACCAGAUUCCCUGGUUUGUGUGUGAAGCUGUUGGAUACGAUCAUGGAGUACAUCACAUCUGGAGUCAGAGUUCACCAGCAGGGCCAAGCGUGUGUGCUGGUGUUGCGGGCGAUGCAGAGCCGGGAGGUUCAGCAGCUGCUGAGCGGCGCUCCGUGGACGGAGCUCUGUGUGAAGGUCGCGGGUCAGCUGACGGCGAGUCUUCAACAGGUCGGUCAGACGGAGAGCAAGGUGGUGAAGGAGAAGGUGGUGAGGACCCUGGAGCUCUGUCAGUUCCUGGUCAAACACGUCCACCAGCAGAAGCUGACCGUGGACCUGGAGCCCCUUCAGACGGUCCUGCAGACCCUGACCAGCUCCAUCACCUUCAACAAGACCGGCAAGCUGGAGGACACCUACUGGGCCGUGGUGAAACACUUUGGAGUCAUAAAACCCAAAGUUGAAAAGACGAAGCCCGACAAGGAGGCCGAUCAGCAGCAGAUUCCCAAGAAGAAGAAAGGUUUUCUGCCAGAAACAAAGAAGCGUAAAAAGCGCGACAAACCUAUUUUAGAGCCAGCGGCUGCAGCAGCAGCGGCGGCGGCGGCAGCGGCGGGACACGUCUCGACCUUCAGAAAGAAAACUGCAGUAGAUAAAGGACAAGGCAAAAAGAAACAAGACAAGAAAACAAAACAGAAGCGACCGGCCGACGGCGCGGCGGCUUCUCAGCCCAACCCGGCCAAGAAGAGCAAGACGACGACGACGCCGUCUGAGAGCAAGAAGAGCAAGACGACGACGCCGACGCCGUCUGAGAGCAAGACGGCCAAGAAGAAGAAGAAGAAACAGUAGAAAGACGGAGGAGGCCAAAUAUAAAGUGGACACUGCUAUUUAAAUGUUCCUUUUUAAAGACGCUGCGUUUUCGUCUGUUAAUUUUUCUACUUACUCGGCUGCCAGCUCAGUGUGGAAGACACGUUGGUAUGUUUCAAUAUUAUUAUACAUAUUGAAUACUCUACAUGUGGGACAUGAAUUAAGAUGGAUUAUUUUUCUAAUACGUGACUGCUAUUGAUUAGAAGAAAACAAUAAAUUCAUUUCUCAACUCUG